AUGCGGCGCUCCACCCUCUGCCUCAGCUCGCCUCCAGCGGCGGCGGCAAGCCUCGAGGGAAUGGCGCGAGAGCGGCGGGUGCAGCGCGCGCUGUCACUCGCAUGCUGCCUCGUCACCCUUCAACUCGUCUCGACCGUGGUCCACGCUCAGCCGCUCCAGGCCUCGCAAGUGCAAUUCCUGCAGGACUGCCAGACGGUAUGGGGUCAGACGUUUCCUGGGUGGGGCGACUCCAAUCCUGACUGCAGCAGUGCAGAGGGCGUCACAUGCGACAGCAGCGGGAUGAUCAGUGCGAUGGGAGUAUCGAACCUCAAUCUGAAAGGGUCCAUUCCUGACUCCAUCAGCAACCUCCGAAAGAUCUCUUUGCUGGAUGUUUCGUGGAAUAAGCUCAGUGGCUCAAUCCCAACUGAAAUUGGCGUCCUUACAAACCUUCAAAGCUUAUGGCUUAAUGAAAACCAGCUCAGUGGUUCAAUCCCUGCUGCGAUUGGCAACCUUACGAAGCUGAGUAUUUUAGAUGUUUCAUGGAAUCAUCAGCUCACUGGCGCAAUCCCGACUGAAAUUGGCAACCUCACAAACCUGGAAGGCUUAUGGCUCCAAGAAAAUCAGUUCAGUGGUUCAAUCCCUGCUGCGAUUGGCAACCAUACGAAGCUGAGUAUUUUAGAUGUUUCAUGGAAUCAGCUUACUGGCUCAAUCCCAACUGAAAUUGGCAAAUUUACAAACCUGGAAAGCUUAUGGCUUAGUAGUAAUCAGCUCAGUGGUUCAAUCCCUGGUGCGAUUGGCAACCUUACGAAGCUGACUAUUCUAUGGCUUGGUGGAAAUCAGCUCAGUGGUUCAAUCCCUGCUGCGAUUGGCAGCCUUACGAAGCUGAGUAUUUUAGAUCUUUCGGUGAAUCAGCUCAAUGGCUCAAUCCCGACUGAAAUUGGCGUCCUUACAAACCUGGAAUCAUUAGAUGCUUCAGGGAAUCGGCUUACUGACUCUAUUCCGACUGAAAUUGGCAACCUUAGAAACCUGGAUAGCUUAUUUCUUCAAGGAAAUCAGCUCAGUGGUUCAAUCCUUGCAGCAAUUGGCAACCUUACGAAGCUGAGUAUUUUAGAUGUUUCGUGGAAUCAGCUCAUUGGCUCAAUCCCAAUUGAAAUUGGCGUCCUUACAAACCUGCAAGGCUUAUCGUUUAAUCGUAAUCAGCUCAGUGGUUCAAUCCCUGCUACCAUCGACAACCUUAUUGAUCUGACUUUCUUAGAUGUUUCAGGGAAUCAGCUUACUGGCUCAAUCCCGACUGAAAUUGACAACCUUAGAAACCUGGAAACCUUAUGGCUUAAUGAAAAUCAGCUCAGUGGUUCAAUCCCUGCUGCGAUUGGCAGCCUUACGAAGCUGAGUAUUUUGUCCAUUGGCAACAAUCACUUGACAGGACGCAUCCCUCCUUCCAUCGGCAUGUUGGGAAACUUUCAAUACCUUGAUCUCUCAAACAACUACCUCACAGGUCCCCCAGUUCAGAUCUUGAAACGGCGGCCAGACUUCAAGGCGGACCUCUCAAGCAACUACUUGUCGGGUCCUUGGAAAGCAGCAAAGUGUUCUCAGUACAGUAUCGCUGCCAACUGCUUUGCACAGGACAGAGCUUGCGUUAAAGAAACACAGCGGCCCCCGGCACAGUGCACAGCGUUUUGUGGCGUAUCUGCAAAGAGUAGCACUUCUGCAUGUGACGGCCGUGGCAUCUGCAAACCAGUUGGGCCCAGUUUGGUGCCCACGUGCUCGUGUAAUCCGGGGUCAGUGCAGCUUGGAGGAAUCCACUGUAUUGCGACAGGCUUGAUCGUACAAAGCCCCAUUCUUCCCCCAUACACUGGGCUCACGAACGGGUGGCAGCAGCAGACAGUGGGGCGGUUCAUGGCGAAGCCAGUGACCCUGUUUGCUUACCCUCCUGGUGUGACCUCGCGAUGUGGAUUGGAGUUGGCGUUUAGAGUCAACUUCACCUUCGCUAUCUUUCCCCAGAAUGGUGAUGCCAGGUCCAACGGCUUUGCGUUUGUGAUUGCAGCAAAGGCCAAGGUGGGGAAACCCGGUGGUGUGGGAUAUAGAGGAGUCGGGUCUCGGAGCAUAGCCAUUGUGUUCGAGACGAUUCAAACAAACGAGCAGAGUGAUAGCGAGCAGCACGUGGGGCUGAACAUUAACGGCGUGGAAGAUUUGUUGGUGGAAGAGGUCUCACCAUUCACUCUCACCAUCCGCGCUGGAUACACGGCAUGGGUGGACUAUGAGCCUGGGGAUCCCGGCACCAUUCAAGUGUUCCUGGCGGAUUCAGCCGUGAAGCCAGAGGAUCCGCUGCUGCAGACGAGUCUGUCACUCUGUGAGCUGCUUCAGGCUCCAGUGAAGCCCUUCCAGUCAGCGUUCUCGUUUGGUUUCGUGGCGUCCACCACUUUGGAGCCCUUCCAGCGAUACGCCAUUUCCUUCUCUUAUGUGCAAACAGGUGCUCCCUCACCCAAGACACCCGAGAUCAAAGAGCAAGCUCUCGGCCUUUCACUAUCGGAGGCCACGUUUGCACCAUCUCACGGCAGCCCCUUUUCGCGCUACGUGAGUGCGGACUUCAGACUGACGCCCACCUUGAGCGAGUCGUGGAGCAUCCACGACCUCCACACGUGGGACGCUGUGUCCUGGCUCGAUUGGCCUGUCAAGAACCAGAACGACUGCGAUGCGUGCUGGGCGUAUGCGGUGGUGGCGAGUGUGGAGGCGGCAUACGGCAUCGCCAAGAAUGGCAGAGCUCCGCAGCUGUCAGUGGAGUCCCUCUUUGCUGCCAUGGGGCUCACUGACGCAGACAAGUGCACAGCUGGCGGCUCCCCCGCCCAAGCGUUUGAAAAUCUCGUGGCUCUUAAUGCCGAUGGCGGCAGUGGGCUCACAGGGGCCAACGACCCGGCAACUAGGUACCCAGUGCAGGCGUUUGAGCGUGCGCAGUUCAAGGGGUAUGUGGGGCUCAUGCUGGCAGUGCGACACCAGCCAGUGUUGGUUCACAUCGAGGCGUCUGCUGCCACGUUCAAUGCGUAUGAUGGGACUUUUAAAUACCAGGAUCCAACUUGCUACACGGGCAGUCUCAACCAUGUUGUACUCGUUAUAGGCUACUUCAUCUUGGUUGACGACGGCAGUCAGAACCGCAUUGCUCCACCAUUUUGGAUCAUCCGCAACUCAUGGGGAGAGGAGUGGGGAGACAAUGGUCACAUGCGCAUGGACAUUCAGGGAGGGGAUGGCGUGUGUGGCAUCAACGUGCUGCCUGGCAUCUACCCCAUUAUCAGAAUUCCAGGGGACCCUUGCGGGCUCAGAAGCUACAAGUUCGAUAAGGAGACGGAGACCAGCAUGAACCCGUGCGGCCGCUUCCAGUGCCAGACCGGAACAAGCAGCAGUAACAGCAAUAACUGCAACUGCAGUAUUCCCGAUCUUAAAGCCAAUUCGCAGCCCUUUGUCGAGGUUAAGAAUGGAUAUGGCUCCAACACAUGUGCUUACGUGAACGUGUGUGGGUCUUACUUCAAGAACCCCUGCUACGUGGGAGCAUGCAUCAACGAUGGCAAGGGCGCCUACUCCUGCAUCUGCCCUCCCAACCACGUGCCCAGCACAACCGUUGAUGGCUUUCCCACCUGCGAUCCAGCAAACAGCACAGCCACCACAAUGACAGUUCGAGGAGACAACUGGUUGUGCUCGGAUGUUUAUGCACUUGUUGGCCUCUCACUGGAUGAAUUCACUCUCCAAAAUGCAGGCAUUGACUGCAGCCAGCCAUUGCCCAAGGGCAGUGUCCUUCAGCUGGAUGGUACUCCCGCCACACCCUGCACUGCCUUCUUCUACUCCCUCAAGGGAGACACCUGUGAAUCCAUCAACAAGCAGCUUAACUACAAUGUGGGGAAUCUCGCCACGCUAAACCCCGGCCUUGACUGCUCCGAGCCCUUGAAGGCGGGCCGCUCGGUGUGCCUCGAGCGCAACGCUGCCUUCGCCUACAAAGUGCCUGAGUGUGUGAAGUACGGCAUACUCACACCUGAAGACACAUGCGACCGGCUGCUUCAGAGGACAACUACUUCAGAAGGGAGCUCCAAAGAUAACCCGUGGCUUGCACUUUACCGCAACAAUCCUGGCCUUACUUGCUCCUCCACCAUCCCUCAAUCUGCCUCCGCUGCUGGCAGCAAGAUUGGCGUACAGGUGGGGUCGCAGGCCUACGCGCACCGGCUGUUCCUCUACGCCACGUCAGCCACGCUCAAACUGUUCCCCCCAGGGGCGGUGGCGGGCGCGGAGGAGCUAGGGCCGCACACGGAUCACCAUGGGGCGGCGCUGGUGCUGCUCCGCGGAUGCCGCCUGUCCCCCGCGGAGUUGGUGCAUCUCGUUGACUCCACCUUCCUCAGCAGCUCAGCGCUCCCUUCCACCUCUGACCCCCAUCAAGCUUCGUCCUCUGAGCUCCCUGAACGCUCUCCCAACGACCCACCUCGUCGCACGCGUCGCGACAGCACGCCUCUCCCGCUGGUCCCUCCCGACGCGCGCAUCUUCUUCUCGCUGUCCCCCGCGUGCUCCAUGUGGCGCCUAGCGAGCGACUGCAAGGGCGGCAGUGACGGCUGCGCCAGCAGUGCUGUGAGCAAGCUGGAGGAGGUGCUGCACGUGGUGGGGUGGCGGUUGAGAGAGGAUAUGACUGCCAUGGAUGUGGGAGCAGCACCGGGGGCAUGGACGGAGUAUCUGAGUGCCAGGGUGCGCCAUGUGCUCGCCAUCGACCCGGCAGCCCUGUCGCCUGCUGUCACGGCCCGAGGCAACGUCACCCAUAUCAUCAAGAUGGUGGAGGAUGCGUGGGACGAUGUGCAAGCAUGGUCCCUGGCCUGCCAAGCUGAUUCUCACCCACAGCCACAGCCCACCAGUGCUGAUGGGCAUGAUAUAAACCGGGUGCAUGAACCAGGGACAGACACCGCUGCACCCACCAACACCACCAGCGCCAGCAGCAGCAGCAGCAGCAGCAGCACCAGUGGCAUGACCAGCAGCAGCAGCAGCAGUGGCAUUGCCAGCAGUGCAAGCACUACACCCGUAUCAGCAGGGAGCAGUGAGCAUGGUGGUGUCAACCUUGAGAAUUCUCAAGAGGUUUCUCAAGAGCGUGGUGCUGCCACAGCUGCCAUGUGCCACGGUCUGUUCUGUGACGCCAACAAGCACCCCCUGCAGGCUGCAAAACUCGUGGCGCCGCUGCUGCCUGCGCUGGCCUCGGGGGGGAUACUGGUGGUUACAAUGAAGUGCCGCGGACGAGGCAGGGACAAGGAGUUAUUGACGCAGCAGUUGACCGAGGCUCUUCCUGUUUCUUUCCGUUAUGCUGAGUGCGUGUGGCUUAUGGCUAACUCGGUCUUCGAGCGCACGUUUGUUGGCAUCAAGGCAUAG